GGCGCGAGGCAACUUGGAUCGCGCGUUUGUCGGGUUCGAGACAGCGACGCGGAUCGCCGAGACUUCUCUGUCGGGUCGAUAGACUAGCAGCAACAGCAGUACCACCACCACCACCACCACCACCACCACCACCAUCGCCGCAAACACGAGCAGCACGAUCAUGGACGACCAGGAGAGGAAGGAGAGCGCCCGACUGGACUUGGACUCGAUCCGCGAGCUCAUCGCUAAGGAGGAGCCCGAGGUGGAGAUAACGAGCUUGGAGGAGGCGCCGGGCUCGGGUCGAGGCGACAACUACACCUCGAUGCUCUACCGGCUGAGCGUCAAGGGCCGCAAGUUCAUCGAGCCUGGGGAUCACGUGCCCUGGGAGCGCUCCAUCAUCUACAAGGUGCUGCCCGAGUCCAAAGAGCGCCGCGAAGCUUUCAAGAGCGAGCUGCUCUUCAGGAACGAGGUCGUCUUUUACACGAGGGUCUGGCCGGCCCUCGCCGAGCUCCAAGCCAACGGGCGCACCGUAUUCGAGGGCGUAGCCAAGGUCUACGUGGCCAGGGCCGAGCUCAUCGCCAUGGAAGACCUCAGGGCCAAGGGCUUCAAGAUGGCAGACAGGAGGCAGGGCUUGAAGGUGGACAAGCUGAAGCGCGUACUCAAGGCUCUCGCUGGCUUUCACGCGCUCAGCCUCACGCUCAAGGAUCUGAGACCAGAAGUGUUCGCGAGGCUGUCGCGUCCAGAUUCGGAUGCGGGCGAGGCCGUCCAAGAGGCGCUGUUCCGCAUGGAGAACGUCGAUUGGUACAGGCAGUACUAUCGCACGGCGAAAAGCAACGCCCUGAAGAUGGUGUCGGAGGGCCUUCCCGAGUCCAUCGAGGUACGUCGCGACGAGAUAUUGGGCAAGUUCCGGGCCUUCCUCGACGAGGACAGCUUCUUCCGUACCAUGUGCGAGCUCACCUCUAGUCAGGGUCCCCUCAGCGUCUUUUGCCACGGUGACUGCUGGACCAAUAAUUUCCUAUUCAAGGAAGAUGCUGUGGAUUCGGAGGCCGUCUGCUUGGUUGACUUUCAACUGACCCGCGUUGGUUCGCUGGCGCUCGAUCUCGCGAACGUCCUUUAUUGCUGCACGAGUGGCGAGGUGAGGAAAACUUUCAUGACUCAGCUGCUGCAACACUACCACCGCCACCUCAUGUCAGCCCUUUACGUCCUAAAUCCAGCAGCCGAAUCGACCAGAGAUCCAGCCGCUAUGUGGACCCUGCUAAGCGAGGAGAUGCGCCGCUGCGGCCGCUUCGGUCUGGGUCUCGCCCUGGACAUAUUGCCCAUCAGCACGUGCACGAGCGACCAAGCGCCGGAUCUUUACAAGGGCCAGGAAGCCAGCGACGAGGAGCGUAGUCUCCUGGCACCUCCGCCCGCCGGUGCUCAAUGCACUCGCCUCAUGACCGACCUCGUCGUCGAGCUCGUAAAUAAUCGAGCCCUUUAGUCGAUCACCUCACCACGACUGCCCACAACUCUACCAUGACGCCGCCGUUGACGCCUAUCAUGCGUAGCGUGUGCCAACGCCCGCUCUUUUCCCCAUGUUCUUUUAUAUAAUGGACAUAUUUUCUCUCGCACUUGUCAAUUAUCAGCUUCUACAAAUUAACGCCUCUGAAUAUAAUAUCGAAGCGCAUUUCCACGCAAGGGCAAAUAGAGAUUGAAUUUUUAUUAAUAAUACCGCUUACGUACACAUUUGAGCUUGUUUGGUAUUUUCCAAUUAAAGUGUGCCGUUGUUCAUUGUUUGACCAUUGGAUUUCACGGAUUUUGUAAUUAAUGUUGCAUUAAUACAUUGGCAAAU